AUGGUUGAAAAAGUCUACGUCACGUACAACGAGGUACAUAAACUGUGCCAGGCCGCGGCACCCCGGAUCCUCGAUGAAUUCACGCCAAAUCUUAUGAUUGCCAUCGGCGGUGGCGGCUAUGUCCCGGCUAGAAUCCUGAGAUCUUUUCUUAAGCAGCCAGGUGCCCCCAAUAUUCCCAUCCAGGCUAUUGGUCUCAGUCUGUACGAGCAACUCUCCGGCGGCGACCCUGUCGAACAACCAGGCACCAAGGUGACCCGCACGCAGUGGCUGGACCUCUCGUCGCUGGAGAUGGCCAACUUGAUCGGCAAAAAUGUCCUGAUCGUGGAUGAGGUGGAUGAUACUCGCACCACACUCGAGUACGCCGUGCGGGAACUGGAGAAGGAUGUUGAGCAAGCGCGACAGCAGCUAGGCAGAACCGAGCAGACCAAGUUCUCCAUAUUCGUGCUGCACAACAAGGACAAGGAGAAGAAAGGCCAUCUGCCAAAAGAUAUGAUCGAUGAUAAGCGCUAUCUGGCUGCAGUGACCGUCUCGGAUGUAUGGAUCUGCUAUCCAUGGGAGGCCACCAACAUCGAUGAGCAUGACGAGCUGGCUAAAACCAAGAGCGCCGUAGCUGGGCCAUAG